UUAGCAUAGCUGCAUUCUGCAUAAGCUUCAAAUCAAACAUUGAGAAAAAGGCCAAACUUUCCUCUCUAUUUUCACUACAAAUAACACCAUUCUUUUCCGUUUUGUUCAGAAAAAUAAGAACCCAAAUUCGAGUUCUUCCCAAGUAUUCUUCUACUCGCUAAGACUUGAUUUUUAAGAAGAAAUUGAAGUGAUUACUACCUUAAAAACUUGAUAAAUUUUACUUAUCAGAAUUCUUUUCGAGUAAUGCUACAUGAUGAACAACGCAAUUAUUGAUCCAUUGCAAGGGGAUUUUCCGGAGGUGAUAGAAGAGUAUUUGGAACAUGGUGUUAUGAAAUGCAUUGCCUUCAAUCGUCGAGGCACCCUUCUUGCUGCUGGCUGCUCCAAUGGAAGCUGUGUCAUAUGGGACUUUGAAACUCGGGGGAUUGCCAAAGAGCUCCAAGAUAAAGAUUGUAAUGCUGCCAUAACAAGUGUCUGUUGGUCAAAGUACGGCCAUCGCGUAUUAGUUUCUGCUGCUGAUAGAACAUUAAUUCUCUGGGAUGUAGUUACUGGAGAGAAAAUUGCGCAAACUACGUUGGAAAAAGCUCCGUUGCAUGCCCGCCUGCAUCCUGGUUCUUCUACUCCAACUUUGUGCUUGGCUUGUCCUGUCUAUUCGGCUCCCUUGAUUGUUGAUUUGAAUGCUGGAACAACCACUGUUUUGCCUGCAUCAGUUUCAGAUGGGGGAGACGGGCUUUCCGUUCCUUCACGAAACAAAGUCUCAGAUGAUUCUGCUCCUCAGACUCCCGCAUGCUUUAACAAACAUGGGGAUCUGGUGUAUUUGGGAAAUUCUAAGGGAGAGAUCCUCAUAAUUGAUCAUCAUACGGCUCAAGUACGUGCACUUGUCCCCGUUGCUGGGGGUGCUGUGAUUAAGAACAUCGUAUUUAGUAGGAAUGGACAAUAUCUUCUCACGAAUUCCAGUGAUCGUAUUAUUCGGGUUUAUGAAAAUAUGCUACCUACAAAAGCUGGUCUGAAAACACUAGAUGAGAUGGGUGAGACUUUGAAUGAUCUUGGUGGAGUUGAAAAGCUAAAGGCAAUUGGAUCUAAGAGUUUAGUCCUAUUCCGCGAGUUUCAAGACUCUGUAACCAGAAUCCACUGGAAGGCUCCCGGUUUCAGCGGUGAUGGCGAGUGGGUUAUUGGUGGCUCUGCUAGCAAAGGAGAGCACAAGAUAUACAUAUGGGAUCGGGCAGGUCACCUUGUGAAGUUUCUUGAAGGUCCAAAAGAAGCUUUGAUUGAUUUGGCUUGGCAUCCAGUUCAUCCUAUUGUCGUCUCAGUGUCCUUGACGGGCUCGAUCUACAUAUGGGCUAAAGACUACACUGAGAAUUGGAGCGCAUUUGCCCCCGAUUUCAAAGAGCUUGAAGAAAAUGAAGAAUAUGUAGAAAGAGAAGAUGAAUUUGAUAUCAUGCCAGAAACCGAAAAGGUUAAAGAAUCAGAGGCUAACCAGGACGAAGAGGUUGAUAUUUUGACAGUGGAGCAUGAUUCAACUUUCAGUGACUCAGAUAUGUCGCAGGAAGAACUUUGCUUCUUGGUUGCAACCCCUUGCCCUGAUCCUGAGCAGCAGGAUAAAGGUGUUGGCAAUUCAUUGAAAUUGUUGGAAAGUAAUCACAUCGCGUCUCCACUUUCAGCAGAUGCAGCACAAAAUGGACUAGUAAUGAACCAUGAGUCAAGCCUUCUUGAAGGUAUAGACAAUUCUCCUGCAGAAGAUACAAGUGGUCGUGUGAAAAGGAAGCGGAAACCCUCGGAGAAGGUGUUGGAGUCACAGGCGGAGAUGGUGAAGAAACCUGUGAAAAAGGCAAAGCCUUCUGCCAAAGCAUCGAAACCUAAAGAUAAAUUUGUAGGUGAUGAAGAUCAUAAUGCAUCACUAUCCGUGGACGAGGUUUCAGAUGAAUAUUACAGAUGAGAUAAUCGAUUUCUGAAGUGUACAACUAGGCUUCUUCAUUUUUCUUAUGUAGUUAAAGGUCAUGUGUUACCAGUCAGGAACUUGCAGCACGUUAGGAUUGUAAUAGUUUGAAGGUGACUACAUUGUUGACAAAUACAGUACAGCCUAUUUGUACAGUAAUAUUUGGCUCUAGUUGCAUCUGUGCCAGAAGGUGAAAAUUACAGGAGUCAGGCACUCAGGCAUAGGAGUCUUCUACGAUGUCUUGUAGUUAGGUCAUAGAAUCUGUAGACAUAACCAUCAAAUAUUCAAGAUUUUGCAUUUGAUUUUUUUACUGUAUUCAUCAGAUUUUGUAGAAGCAAUAGAAGCUAAUUAACUUCUCCAA